CUUUAUCACACUUCGGUCACACUGGUUACUAAAAAAACGUGCAGGUCUGCGUAUCGCGCUGAUUUUCAUUGUUUUUCUAUAAUAUAUUGUUUUAAACAAUAUGGUGAAUGCCAAAAAGGAAGUAAUUUGCGACUACUGCGGCAGUAGCAAUGAACCCGCACAGAUUUUAUCGUCCAAAAAGGCGUAUUUUGGCAACAAAGUUAGCGAUGUUCUACACGCCAUCACACAACGUAAUAUACCGCCUACUUUGGCCAUCAAGGUGUGCUACAUUUGCUUCUCGAAAUUCGUUCAAUGCGAGCGCACAAUACAGAAAAUUCAGGAAUUUGUCGACAAGGGCCUCUCCACUUCGGGCGGCAAAAAAAAGAACGCCAUCAACGAUGAAGUAGAUGUAGUGCAGUCUGAGGAGGAGGUAAAAAAGAAAAAGCAGCCCAUCAAGAAGCGCAGCUUAUCUAUGCCUGGUCUUGGCACAUUGCAGCCGCUUGCUAUAUUCGAGGCAGAACAGCCUAAACUUUCCAAAGGAAAGACAGACUCGGACAUUCUUGAGAACUCUGUGGUAUUGAAGCCAGCAAAAACAAUUGACAAGAAAAACAACUCAGUGCUGAGUUUUUUUAGUCCCGUUGCCGCUACUGCUGCCGAUUCAGAGGAGGAGGAGAGCGAAGCGGAGGAGAAGGAACUGCCGCAGAACAACGUGAUUAUUCCUGACAUAUUUGAAUGCCGUCGUUGCGACUUUAAAGUGAAGCUACAAAAGCUAAUGAAGCAGCAUUACAUUCAAGUCCAUGGACAGAUGCGUCCCAGGAUUUACUCUUGCCCAAUGUGCACCAAGUCGUUUGGGGUUGCCAAAACCCUCAAGGAGCACGCCAAGACUGUCCAUGGCAUAGAAGAGCAGCCAAAGGAUAAGGGCGCAGCUGGCCGGGCUAAGACUGACGACAAGGAGGUGCCGACUGUGAAGAAAAGGAGAAAGUCUGUAGUUAAUGUGAAAGUGGACAACACUCCUUCCGCAGAGGAUGUUGACGAUGAUAUCGAAAUUAUAGAGGAAAAGAGUUCUGUCCCGGCACAGACUUCGCUUGUUAAGCAACAUACUUGUUUUUCUAAGCCACAGACACCAGCUAAGCAGCAGACACCAUCCACGCCACAGACUCCUGUAAAAUCCCAGAAGACUUCACUGAAGGUACAAACUCCAUUGAAACCAUUGGAGAACGAAGACCAUGAUGAGUCAAUAACCGGCAUCAGAGCCUUGAACGAGCACAAAAAGAACAAGAGUGUUGCCAACGUGGACUACACCUUUGCCAUCAAUGGUUCGAGUGCCUCGACGCCAAAGCCGAACGGCGAGCCAAUACCGUCGAGUAGUCAGCUUACCUGCAGCAUUUGUGAUGCCGAGCAGCCGUCCGUCAAGACGAUGCAACGACACAUGUCCACGUCCCAUGGCAUUGACAAACCAAAGAUAUUCAAGUGCCACAAAUGCGAAAAGUCACUGGCCAGCAAACAGUCGCUAAAUUAUCAUUUGAGCUCCCAUGCGUCUUAUCCCGAUGUAGAAGGAUCUUCCAAACGGCAGAUAAUACGAGCAGAUGGACCUUCCAGCAAGCGUAGCAAGAAUAAAGAAGCGGAAGACGAGUUCAUUGAUGUGGCUGAUGGGGCCGUGUCUCCGCCCAAGAAGAGCAAGAAACUGUCCGAGACCCUCAACGAUGUGGCAGUGCCUUCGCCCAAGAAGAGCAAGAAGCUGUCGGAGACCCUCAAUGAUAUGGCAGUGCCUUCGCCCAAGAACAGCAAGAAGUUGUCCCUCAAUGAUGUGGCUGUGCCUUCGCCCAAAAAGAGCAAGAAGCUGUCCGAGACCCUCAAAGAUGAGGCUGUGUCUUCGCCCAAGAAAAGCCAAGCGGAGCCCAUAGUCUCGCUCUUGUCAGACGCAGAAAAAUGGAUUUUCCCUCGUCCCAAAAAGAUAAAGGAACGAAAGGAGUCGGAGUCUGCCAACAUCUCGAAUGGCAACAUCAUUAAUGCAUCGCAGAGCUACCCUUUCGUCGACAUGGAUGCAGUAAACCCCUCAGUGCAACCACACAAGCGUGAAAUGUUGACCUCCACUUGCGAGUCCACCAACACCGAAGAAUCCGAGUUCAAUUGCAGCCAGUGCCCAAAGAGCGUCAAGUCGCAGCGACGUCUUGAAUCGCACAUUGCCAAAAUGCAUGGAAAGUCACUCAAGUGCAGCAACUGCCUUAACAAAUAUCACACACGCCAGAGCUACGUCGUGCACUUUGGCGAGUGCGAGGGGGAGGCCAAGGAGUCCAACCUGCCAUGUGGCGUACGCAAGUGCACAAAGGUUUUCGGGACUGUAAAAUCACUGGAGGAUCACUUGAAGAGGCGUCAUCAGUGGUAGAUAAGCAAGAGAUAAGCCACAAGACACUCAGAUUAAGAGAAAA